CACGUCACACGCACAGGGAGGACGUAUAUGACGUCAGGCCGUAAGGGCGCGAAGCACAAACUUUGACUGGAGGCCGGAAGUGAGGCGGUACCGGGCGGCGAGGGGUUACCGGGCAGCGAGGGGUUACCGGGCAGCGAGGGGUUACCGGGCAGCGAGGGUUACCGGGCAGCGAGGGGUUACCGGGCAGCGAGGGGGUACCGGGAAGCGAGGCGGUACCGGGCAGCGAGGCGUACCGGGCAGCGAGGGGUUACCGGGCAGCGAGGGGUUACCGGGCAGCGAGGCGGUACCGGGAAGCGAGGCGGUACCGGGAAGCGAGGCGGUACCGGGCAGCGAGGGGUUACCGGGAAGCGAGGGGGUACCGGGAAGUGAGGCGGUACCGGGAAGUGAGGCGGUACCGGGCGGCGAGGGGAAAGGUUGGAGAUGCCUCAGGUGCCGGUGGCCGGUCUGACUGUGGAUUUCCCGUUCCAGCCGUAUAAAUGCCAGGAGGAUUAUAUGGGCAAAGUCAUCCAGUGCCUCCAGCAGGGUGUGAAUGGUGUAUUAGAGAGCCCCACGGGCACUGGGAAGACUCUGUGCCUCCUUUGUGCCACUCUGGCUUGGCGGCAGCACUACAAGGAUGGGAUCAGUGCCCGUAAGAUCGCAGAACGCAUGAAUGGCGCGGAACUCUUCCCGGAGCGACCGGCGGCAGCGUGGGGCGGUGCAUCAGCGGAGGGGCAGGCCUCAGCCUAUUACAGUGACGUGCCCAAGAUUAUCUACGCCUCGCGGACGCACUCCCAGCUGACACAAGUUAUUAGUGAGCUGAAGCACACAGUGUACAGGCCAAAGGUUUGCGUGCUUGGCUCCCGGGAACAGCUGUGCAUUCACCCUGAAGUGAAGAAGCAGGAGAGUAACCAUGCCAAGGUGCACAUGUGCCGUUCCAAAGUCUCCACCCGUACCUGUCACUUCUACAAUAACGUGGAGGAAAAGAGCACAGAGAAGGAUCUGACUAACCACAUUUUGGACAUAGAGGAUCUGGUGAAGAGCGGCACCAAACACCGGGCCUGCCCCUACUAUCUGUCCCGUAAUCUCAAGCAGCAAGCCGACAUCAUAUUUAUGCCCUAUAAUUACCUGCUGGACCCUAAGAGUCGCCGGGCCCAUAACAUUGACCUGAAAGGCACCGUGGUGAUAUUUGAUGAAGCCCACAAUGUGGAGCGAAUGUGUGAGGACUCCUCUUCUUUUGACCUGACCCCAUAUGAUUUGGCAUCAGGGAUUGAUGCAAUGGAUCUUGUGCUAAAGGAGCAGAUGGAGAACGUAGAACAGAAGCGCUAUCAGGCAGAAUUCAACAUGGAUUCCCAGAGUUCAGGUCUGACCCUGGAGCUGGAGGAUCUGGCCAAGGUAAAAGCUGCCCUUAUGCAGUUAGAAAAUUCCAUUGAGUCCACGCAGCUUCCCCCUGGAGGGGGUGGAGUCACCAAGGUUGGGAGUUAUAUCUUCCAGCUCUUCGCUGCUUCCGGAAUCACUUUUGAUACCAAGGCCAAACUGCUGGAGUCUCUGGAACAGAUCAUACAGCAUGUGGGAGGAAGCUCUGGGAUCUUCACUAACACUAUGGGGCUGCAGAAACUGGCAGAUAUUAUCCAGAUUGUGUUCAGCAUGGAACCCCCAGAGGGCGCUAAUGUGUCGAGCUUCAACCAGAACAUCUCCAAGUACUACAAGGUUCAUAUCCAUCCUGAUACCAACCAGAGGAAAAAGCCUCGCGGGGACGUGUGGAGCAACAGCAAAAAACAGGGAGGAAAGGUUCUCAGCUAUUGGUGCUUCAGCCCAGGAUACACCAUGCACGACCUGGUGAGACAGGGGGUCCGAUGCGUUAUCUUGACUAGCGGGACGCUGUGCCCCCUUUCCUCCUUCACCAUGGAGAUGCAGAUCCCCUUCCCUGUGUCACUGGAGAACCCCCACGUAAUCGAUAAGCACCAGAUCUGGGUGGGAAUUGUUCCCCGUGGCCCCGAUGGUUCCCAGCUCAGUUCCUCCUAUGAUAGGCGGUUCUCUGAGGAAUACUUAUCCUCCUUGGGCAAAACCAUAGGCAAUAUCGCUCGCGUUGUGCCUCAUGGACUCCUGGUUUUCUUCCCAUCGUAUCCUGUUUUGGACAAAAGCAUUGAGUUCUGGAAGGAGCGGGGCCUCUCUGCAAAGAUAGACGAUGUGAAACCCAUGUUUGUGGAGCCCCGAGGGAAAGGCUCAUUCACAGAGGUCAUUGAUGCUUAUUAUGAGAAGAUCCGCAGUGCCAAUGGCAGUGGUGCCAGUUUCCUGGCAGUGUGCCGGGGCAAGGCCAGCGAAGGGUUGGAUUUUGCCGACAAUAAUGGACGGGGUGUGAUCAUUACUGGGCUCCCCUUCCCGCCACGCAUGGACCCACGGGUGGUUCUCAAGAUGCAGUUCCUUGAUGAGAUGCGGCGCUCUCAGGGGUCUGCUGGGCUGUACUUGUCUGGGCAGGAGUGGUAUCGACAGCAGGCCUCUCGAGCUGUCAAUCAAGCCAUCGGCAGAGUCAUCCGGCACAGAAAUGAUUACGGCGCCAUAUUCCUCUGUGAUCACAGGUUCAAUCAGAGCGAUGCCCGGGCACAGCUUCCCUCUUGGGUUCGCCCAUAUGUACGAACGUAUGACAAUUUCGGGCACAUCAUACGCGAUGUUUCCCAGUUUUUUCGAGUGGCGCUAAAGAUUAUGCCCACCCCUACCCUACACAGUGAUCAGAAAGAAGGACCAGUGCCUCUGAUUGGCUGCAGUUCCCAAUCCCCAAGGCCGGUGGCGCCAUCUAGCAGCCGGGAGGCCCCGAAGAAAGCCAAAACCCUGGACUCACACGUGCCCAGCCUGAAGAGGAAGAGAGAUGAAUGCAGCAGUGAGGUGGUCCCGGGCUCAGUGUGUGAGGGGUACGAGCAGGAGGUACCAAUGAGCAGCCAGCGCCCAGCGGGGUUGUUGGAUGCCCUGGAGCACAGUGAGAAGAGGGUGCAGGAGGAGAAGGCUGGAGAGAAGGUCUCCCGGCUCUCUACGCUCUCCCUGCAGUACGACAAGCGAUUGGCCGACGAGCAGAGGGGCGGGAAGCGCAAGAUCAAGAUUGUUCAGAACCGGGCUCCCGAGGAUACGUCGGACCAGAAAAUGACGAGCGCGUCCCUGUUCCUGGUAUCCGUGAAACAGUCCCUGAGUCAGGAAAACUACGGCACUUUCAUGGCGGCCAUGACGGAAUACAAGAAGAACAACGACCUGCAGCAGCUGAUAAGCCACCUACGCACUCUCUUCUGCCAGGACCCAGCCAAGUACAACCUACUGCGAGGUUUCUACCAGUUUAUCCGCCCUCAGCACAAGCUGGAGUUUGAUUCUGCCUGCACUCAGCUGACUGGCACGGGCUGCGGGUACAAAGCUGAGCACUGUGUGCCCCGGGCAGAGAGGGAGAAGGCUCAGGCUGCCGCUGCCGUCGCCGUGUCAGAGCCCAAAGUCACCUUCUCAGAGGGAUCCGCUCAGCACCUCAACCACGGGGGAGGACACCUGAGUACUGACUCCAUUAAAGCCCCUACAGGUAACUGCCCCGCAGGGCAGGCAGGGCGCAGCCAGGUGUCGGGGUACCUGAGCCAGGUGAGGGGGGCUCUGGGCUCGAGCAGCUUCCAGCGCUUCACUGCCGCCCUCUCUUCCUACAAGAAAAGCGACAGCUACGAGGCCAUGGUGUGCGAAAUUGCCGCCUUGCUAACGGGUCAGCCGGAGCAUUACCCUCUGCUCAGAGAAUUUCACAGGUUCGUCCGCCCCCAUCACAAAAAGAAGUUCAAUGCUCUGUGCGAGGAACUGACCGGGUCAGGUUACUGCCCCCAAAAGCCUCAAGUUCUGCCCCCAAGUGAGGGGGCAGGAACGUCGGACCCUGUUGCACAUAACAAAGGAAUUAGCGGGCGACCACGAGGCGGCGAUUUGCAGACAUCGGCGCCCGGAGACAGACAGACAGGGCGAGCAGAUCCCAACCACCCCCCAGAUGGUGAGCCAAUCAGAGUGGCCAGAUCAGAUCCUUCUCCGCUUCCCUAUGUGCCUCAGGCAGAGGGCCCGGUGUGUCUGCGCUGCAGCAGGAAUGGAUCUGUCCCGUUUCAGUGCUCCUUGUGUCACUGCCAGUGCUGCUGGGCAUGCUGGGAAAGGGCACUAAAGGCUGCCAAGCUGUGUCCCGGCUGCCGGGCACCAACCAAGAAGAAAUAUCUGGCCCAGGUGUUCUUCCUGGCAGCGGAUGAGGGAGAGGGCUGAUGGGUAAUGUUCCUGGCAGCGGAUGAGGGAGAGGGCUGA